AUGAGGGCUCCCCCGAUCAUCUGCGACAUCUGCCGCAGGCAGCUGGAUCCGUGCGGCAGCGUGUGGACGUGCGAGAACGGGCGCCGCACCGUGCUGCACGCGGUGGCCUACGACGUGUGCCAGUACUGCUUCGCGCUGCACGCCCACGGCGUUGAGAUUCCCGCGGACAACGGCAGAGGUGGAGCCCACAGCGACUCGUACUCGGGCUCUUCGAACGCGUCCGAGGAGGGACAGCGGCUGGGGGUGAGCUGCCAGGACGCCGUGGCCGAGCCGGCCCACGCCCGCUCUCGGUCCUGCCGCCCUUGUCCUCGCCCGCCCCCUCGUCCUUCGCCU